CCUGUCACUAGCAUCUGGAACGUCGUGGCCCAGUGGAAACACAUAUUUUGUAAUCAUUGAGUUUGGCUUAGUUGACGUGGUCAAAAUAAACUGCAGCAUUGCAGUUGGUCUGUUGACACAGACGGAGGCCUAAAAUGGGGCCCAUGACGUGCACUGACCGUUCAUAAAAUAGUAUAAUUUAUUGUCAAAUCAAUCUCGUUUAAAACUUUGUCUGUGCUCGGGAAUCGCGAGAACUACAAAGAGUUCUGACGGGAAGGAAUAAUAGUUUCCUAUUGGUCAAGCGACGCAAUUCUCCUAGCAACGGCUCGGGCAACCUUCCAAUUAGAAUGUCGUAUAUCUCCCGAUGCAGAACUUUAAAAACGCUAGAACGAGAAAGCGGGUGAUUGACGUGUCUACCGUACAAUAGAAUCGCGUCCUCUUUUCUUUGAGCCAAUAGCGUAGCUCGAUUGUUACUAUGACUCGAUGGGCCGACACCUAGAGUUUUCGUCCAAACUCAUUUUGAGCACAGUGCGCACCUUCCGUGCUGGGCUGUUAACACUUAUUUUCUUAGCCUAGCAAGCUGUAGUUUUUAGUCCGAUUGUUUAAAAUCCGUGUUUAUGAUUGGAAGCUAUAGAGGACGAAUCCAGAUCAGUAGUUGAAUUAGUCAUACAGCUUCCUGAAGAAGGUUUUUCUCCACUACUUCGAGUGCGUAGUUGAGUUGUACUUGUGAUUGUGCAUUGAUUGGAGCUUUUCCACUGCAAGGCUCCUAGAAAUACUUAGGACUGCAUGUCUUUGAUGUUUAGAGUUGGCUAAAGUCGCUAUCAAAAUGACUGAGGACUAUAUUACAAGUAAAAGCAUUGAAUUAAUAAAAGGUCAACUCUAUUUUGCCAUCCUGCCCCAGAAGACCAGAAGUACUUGCGAAAGGCACUGCUUCUGCAUAGACGAUGAGCUGUCCUACGAGAACUUCUACGCGGACUUCGGACCUCUCAACCUGGCCAUGUUUUAUCGCUUCUGUUGCAAGCUGACAAAGAAGCUGAAGUCCUUCUCCCUGGCCAAGAAGAAGAUCGUCUUCUACACCUGCGGAGACCAGAAGAAGCAAGCUAACGCGGCCUAUCUCAUCGGCUCGUACGCGGUGAUGCACCUCCAGAUGAGCCCAGAAGAGACCUACGGGCUGCUGGUGUCCAGGUACUCCACUUACCUUCCCUUCAGAGAUGCCUCUUUCGGCACCUGCCUGUACAACCUUAACAUCCUGGACUGCCUCCGAGCCAUUCACAAGGCGUUGCAGUUCGGCUGGCUGGACUUCUCCAAGUUUGACGUGGAGGAGUACGAGCACUACGAGAGAGCGGAGAACGGAGACUUCAACUGGAUCAUCCCCGGGAAGUUCCUGGCCUUCAGUGGCCCUCACCCCAAAAGCAAGAUGGAGAAUGGCUACCCCCUCCAUGCUCCUGAGGCUUACUUCCCCUACUUCAGGAAGCACAACGUCACGACUAUCGUCCGGCUCAACAAGAAGAUGUAUGAAGCCAAGCGCUUCGCGGCCGCGGGCUUCCAGCACCACGACCUGUUCUUCGUGGACGGCAGCACGCCCACCGACGCCAUCGUCCGCCGCUUCCUGAACAUCUGCGAGAACGCAGAGGGAGUCAUCGCAGUCCACUGCAAAGCUGGUCUGGGCAGAACGGGGACUCUGAUUGGCUGCUACAUGAUGAAGCACUACCGUGUGAGUGCGGCCGAGGCGAUCGCCUGGAUACGGAUCUGCCGCCCUGGCUCUGUCAUCGGGCCGCAGCAGAACUUUGUGGAGGAGCAGCAGAGCAGCUUGUGGGUGGAAGGAGACGUGUUCCGGGAGAAGGUGCUGGGCGAGCGAGAGAACGGCAGGACGGCGGUCACACAGAUCCUGUCGGGGGUUGAUGACAUCACCAUCACCGGGAGCAACAAGAACUGGUCGCCCCAGAGAGAGGAGGACUUGUACAACGAGGAGGACGAGAGGAACAGUCUCACGCAGGGGGACAAGCUGCGGGCGCUGAAGAGCAAGAGGCAGGCUAGGGCCUCCACGGGAUCCCUGUCACAAGAGGAGAACAAGAUUCACACCAGGUCAUCAUCACAGUCUCUAAGUGUUCCGUGUUCCAGGAUCAUCCUGCAGUCCAGUGGACAGAGCGUCAAGGUCAGCCCUUCCCACUCCUCUGACGACUCCGACACCAGGAAGAGAACACGCACCUCACUUCCUGCCAACUGUGUCGGAGGCAGCCCCCUGUCCCACAGUAGACUAGCCAGGUCGCUAGGCAGCUUGCAUGUGGGGGCCUGCCAGAGGCAGCAGCCAUGUGACCCGCCCAGCCCGGCCCCCGCUGGAGGCCCGGCCCCCGUUAGCAUGACUCAGGCCCAGCAGCAGCAGAGCCUGCUGGGGCCUCAGAAGACGCACUGUGUCCAGAGGACGAACGCCCCGCUACUGUCUGCAGUCAGUACGCUUUACGAGAUUAUGUCACUCCAUACCGACGGCUAGAGCUCCUUUACUACGCUGAGACAGAAAGUCCGGAUGACAAGAAGUCCACUCAUAAAGAUUCUGCAUGUGGACAUUUUGUUUUCAAGA